UCUGCAGCGGUUUUAACAUUUUCUUUUGUCAAAUUGACGCGUUGGGUCGCAUUUUAUCUGUGACAGACAACUAGGGUCUCCUUUUUGUUCAAAAACAGCUAUCGUUCCCAAGCAAUUGAAUAAUAUUAGUAAAUUAAUAGGCAUAAGCCGAAACGCAAAAAAUAUUAAGCGUAAGCUUGCGCAAAGCUAUAAAUAUCUAUUGGCGUUCUAUAGAUCAAUAGGAGACAACAAUGUGUUCUUUUUUUUUAAGAAAAUUUUUCGUAGAUGCAACAGCGGUAAAAUAUCUCUCCUGUACAGUUUUACAUCUUAAACAUAAGCCCAUCCCAUACUUUACAAGAGUUUCUUGUGAAUCAACUUGAUAUCUUUGUGUCUGUGACCGCUAAUACUACAUAACACAGUCAGCUGAGCAAACGCCUGCCUUUCCGUCAGUACAACCACUAGCUGAUGCUAGCCGCCUAUACUAUCUAGUCCUUUUACUCAAGUCAGCCUUAAACCAUAAGAGCAAAUGAGUUCGACGCGGGCAUGAAUGCACUUUUGACUAAAUUUUAAGCCAAUUCAGCCGCCUUAACUCCAACAGCAAAAAAAUGUUCAUAAAUCUGGCAAAAUAUGAUAAAGUUAUAACACUUUUAUUUAAACCACACUGAAGAAGACAUAUAGAAUUCGAAUUAGGUUUCGGUUUCGCUAAUAUGAAAUUCAUCUACGCAAAUACAGAGACGAUUUAAGUUGAAUGAAGUACCUGUCACUCUGUUACCUGUGCGAUAACGAAGUCUAGCGGCAUUCGAGUCAAGAUGUGUGAAAGUUUCCUAAUAUGUUUCGAAAGUGAAUCUCAUACUUGCCACAUAUAUCACUGUGUUACCGAAGUGUUUGUUCGCCAGGCGACGUUUACAUACGUUUUUUUGAACUAUUCAGAUUAUAUAGAGGAAGCAUAAAAACCCCAUCUCCGUGGUAUAGCUGCACAACGUAGUUAAAGCAAGGGACCACAAGGUGCUAUAAUGAUUUGGUUAUUGUUGUUGUUGAUACUUUUAAAGAAGCCUUCGCAGAAGAUAAUAUAUCGCAUGUUCGUUCUACUGAUCGAAGACGAUGGUGUUGAAAAAUGCCAGGCCUGGGCGGAGAACACGACACAACAAAUAGAUCUAGCUCUCAAUAUAUUUUUUAUGGUUUAUUUUUUUAUAAGGUUCAUAGCGGCGAGUGACAAGCUGUGGUUCAUGUUGGAGCUGUAUUCAUUUGUUGACUACUUUACGAUUCCGCCGUCCUUCGUCUCCAUCUACUUGGACAGGACGUGGAUCGGGCUCCGUUUCCUUCGCGCUCUGCGCCUCAUGUCGGUUCCCGACAUCCUCCAGUAUCUGAACGUGCUCAAAACGAGCUCUUCGAUUCGUCUGGCCCAGCUCGUAUCGAUUGUAAUCUCCGUCUGGCUAACUGCCGCCGGAAUUAUACACUUGCUGGAAAAUUCAGGGGAUCCAUUGGACUUUAAAAACCCGAACAAGUUGACAUACUGGGAAUGUGUAUACUUCCUGAUUGUAACGAUGUCAACCGUCGGUUACGGGGAUCUCUAUUGCCAGACCACGCUCGGACGAGCCUUCAUCGUGCUAUUCAUUCUCGUCGGUCUGGCCGUGUUUGCGGGGUGCAUUCCAGAGAUCAUCGACCUCAUCGGGUCGAGACCCAAAUACGGGGGAACAUUCAAGUCUGAGAGAGGACGGAGACACAUCGUAGUUUGUGGGCAUAUCACAUACGAGUCGGUAUCACAUUUUCUAAAAGAUUUUCUACAUGAAGACAGGGAAGACGUUGACGUCGAAGUCGUCUUUUUGCAUCGAAAACCCCCCGACCUAGAACUCGAAGGCCUCAUCAAAAGGCAUUUUACGACUGUCGAAUUUUUCCAAGGAAGCGUCAUGAACCCCAUUGACUUACAGCGGGUGAAGGUCCACGAGGCAGAUGCAUGUUUGGUGCUGGCAAACAAGUACUGCCAGGACCCCGACGCCGAAGACGCCGCCAACAUCAUGCGAGUGAUUUCGAUCAAAAAUUAUUCCGAUGAUAUUAGAGUCAUCAUUCAACUUAUGCAGUACCAUAAUAAGGCGUAUCUGCUGAACAUCCCCAGCUGGAACUGGAAACGCGGAGACGACGUGAUCUGCGUGUCCGAACUAAAACUCGGUUUUAUUGCCCAAUCGUGCCUAGCCCCGGGUUUCUCCACAAUGAUGGCCAAUUUAUUCGCUAUGAGGUCAUACAAGACGUCACCCGAUAUGCCUGCAUGGCAAAACGAUUACCUGUGUGGCACGGGCAUGGAGAUGUAUACCGAGAGUCUUGCCGCCUCCUUUACCGGGAUGACUUUCCCACAGGCGGCCGAACUUUGCUUCGUCAAACUUAAGCUGCUCCUGUUGGCGAUUGAGGUGCAUUCGGAUGAUUCUUCCGAGUCCAAGAUUGCUAUUAACCCCAAGAAAAAGGUGAAAAUCACUUUGAAUACUCAAGGAUUCUUCAUCGCCCAGUCAGCCGACGAGGUCAAACGGGCGUGGUUUUACUGUAAACACUGCCAUGAAGACAUCAAAGAUGAAAAGUUGAUCAAGAAAUGCAAGUGCAAAAAUCAUGAAAGUACGCUAGGAGGCGGUCUAGCACAGAGUGGUGGUCCAACGUUCACCCCGCCAGAUGUGCCAAAGAGGCCCAAACCGCCGAGAGCGUCACAGCCGCAACUACUGAACAACAACGAGUCUGUAAUGCCUAUGGGCAGGAUGCAACAGCAGCUGAUGUCCAACUUGUCCCAGAGCAAACUGCCAAAGUCGAGUCAACAGCAACAUUUGCAAUCAGUCAAAUCAAGCACCGGGAAAAUGGCUAUCGAACCGUCAACGCAAAGCAAUGCUCUGCUUUCACCGCCGGCUUACGGCGCGGAUACCAGUGCUCUACGCAACCCUAAUGACAUGUUCGCCGGCCUACACCUCGCCUACGAAGUUAAAAAACUCAUGCCAACAAAUCGCCCACCGAGCGGGGCGCCAUCGAGCGGCAAUGAAAAACCCUUCCCGGUCGGACUGUCAGACGAUCAAGCGAAAGAUUUCGAGAAAACUGAAAUGAAGUACGACAGUACAGGCAUGUUUCACUGGUGUUCUGCGCGACCGAUCGAAGACUGUAUACUCGACAGGAAUCAGGCGGCAAUGACCGUGCUGAAUGGACACGUCGUGGUUUGUCUUUUCGCCGACGCCGAUUCACCUCUUAUAGGACUAAGGAAUCUCGUGAUGCCUCUGCGCGCGUCAAACUUUCACUAUCAUGAACUCAAACAUGUGGUUAUCGUGGGGAAUGUGGACUACCUAAGAAGGGAGUGGAAAAUGUUGCAGAACCUUCCUAAGAUCUCGGUGCUGAAUGGGUCGCCCUUAUCUCGAGCCGACCUACGCGCCGUCAACAUCAACCUCUGCGACAUGUGCGUGAUCCUGUCCGCAAAAAUCCCCUCUAGCGACGAUCCCACGCUGGCCGAUAAAGAGGCCAUCCUCGCCUCGCUCAACAUUAAAGCCAUGACUUUCGACGACACUAUAGGCGUCCUCAGCAAUGCCCUAAACUCCACCAGCCAUCAUGCCAACAGCCAUGCCAACUCAACCAGCAGCAACAGCAGCCAUCUUCUAACAACCAGUCAUCAUCCGACAACCAGUAAUCCAUCUGCAGCGGCAGCAGUAGCAGCUAAUGUAACCAGUCUAACGUCUACUCCGGCCGCGGCUGGAUUGGGUCUUAACAUGGCGGGCAUAACACCCUCCAACCCACUAGCCGCGGCUAACAACCCUCUAACGAGCAUGUCCAUGGCUACUCACAUGUCCGCGGCUACUCACAUGUCCAUGGCUGGCCACGGACUCGGACACGGGCACGGCAGCUCCCCACUGGGUAGUCCCUCGCUGAUGGCGAUGCAGCGGCGCGGCUCGGUGUAUGGAGCCAACGUACCGCUGAUCACCGAAUUGGUGAACGACACCAACGUGCAAUUUCUUGAUCAGGACGACGAUGACGACCCUGAUACAGAGCUCUAUCUGACACAACCAUUCGCCUGUGGUACAGCGUUUGCCGUCAGUGUGCUCGACUCUCUAAUGUCGACUACGUACUUCAACGCCAAUGCGCUCACGCUCAUCCGCUCUCUCAUAACAGGCGGUGCCACUCCUGAGCUGGAGCUCAUACUGGCCGAGGGUGCGGGCCUGCGCGGUGGGUACUCCACCCCUGACUCGCUGUCUAACCGGGACCGCUGCAGGGUGGGCCAGAUCUCGCUGUACGACGGGCCGCUGGCACAGUUUGGCGAGGGGGGCAAGUACGGAGACCUGUUUGUGGCCUCACUACGCUCAUACGGUAUGCUGUGCAUCGGGCUCUACCGCUUCCGUGAUACUUCAGCUAACAAUGGAAAUGAAGGCGGGGGUGGUGGCGGAUCAACUAAACGCUAUGUGAUAACAAACCCGCCUGCCGAGUUCCAGCUCCUGCCCACCGACAUGGUGUUCGUGCUGCUGCAGUUCGACCCCGGGCUCGAAUACAAGCCCAACCGGGGAAGUGCGCACGCAACACAGCCCCCAGCGGGCCACGGUCACGGACAACACUCGGGCCAUUCGCAUGUUAUGGACCUGGCCGGGCUCGACGGGCUAAGCGGCGCGUCCACCAAUGCCACACUUGUCCAAAGCGGACAGGGCAACCCUAUCUCGAACCAAACAAACCUUUGCUGAUAGAUGCAAGCUAUCGUAACAAGUGAAUACAAAUAAUUUUACUGGGGCAAUCGAACACCUUGAACUUAACUGAAUUCUUCAAACAUUUGGUUCUUAUAUGCAAUACUAGAGAUAUUAAAUUUAAGUGUAAGUCCUCUGGCUCAAACUUAGAUCGACCAAGCCAGACGUAUUAUCCUUUGUAGGCUCAAGCGUUCGAAAAAAAGUAUGAGGGUAGAAAUCAAUGUAACAAAAAUUUGGCUAGUGGUUGCAGUCCAUCAAUCGAUCGUAUCUUCUGGAAGCGUUCAUUAGGUAACCAUAAUGUUGAAAUUUUGUGCACCACUUAGGCUUGAAUCACCCUGUUCGGCGAGGAUCAAAUAGCCCAGGGUAUGCGACUAGCAAAUAAGAUUAUCAAUCUUCGAAAGAAACUAAUAGCACGUUUGCGAGCGUUCCUGAUAAAAGCUAUCGGUAGGGAGCAUUUUUAGCAGGUUGGAAGAUCUGCCAAGAAGCAGAACACGACCCUAGCAAAUACUACUAAUCGACUACCUUCAUACACUGCAAUGGAUUUACAAUAUUAUGCAGUCUGCUAAAAUUCAUACAGGUUUUUUUCAACAGAGAGGCUUAGCGAUAGCUAAAACAUAAUUAUUAGCAUGCUCAAACAAAUGUUAAUUCUUCUAAAUGGCUACAACAUAUAUAUAUCUGAUGCUUAACGAACGAAGCAUUACCAGCACAACAAGCACGACAGUAAGUGAUGAUUGUUCAUAUCUUCUAUUUUUUAAUUGAGUUAUUGGUUAGUAUAUAAUAUGAUUGCUUUCUUCCAUUAAAUUUAGAAGGGUAACCUCAGCUAACUUAUCAACCUGACACAAAAGUAAACCAAUCUAAUUUAAAGGAAACAUUCCGGCAACACCAUAACCGUCUGUAAUACCACCGUUGCAAGACUACAGAAUUUGUAAACUUAUAUAAAGGUAAAUAGGGACAUAGCAUUUUGAGGCAAACAUUGAUAAAGAGAAGGCAAAUUAAACAGAAAUAGUAUAAAUUACUUCCACAACAAUAUUUAGAUAAAUCUUAUUUAUAGAGACACUUUAAACACAAAUAAUUAUAUUUACGUUUGAGUACAGCAGUGAUAAUGCUAAUAAUAGUUAUAGUGACGCCGAUUUUUCCAAAAAGGUCGAUGAGAAAAUAGAAAUGCUUUAGUGAGAAAUUGAGUAGUUGUCGACAAUACUCUAGCUACGCGUUUGUUAUCAUGUUUUUCUUGAUGCGAAGCCCAGUUCCACAAACGAUGUCAUUAUUACAAGCUCAUUAUAACGAUUUUGCGCAUUUUGUCCUUACCGAACGUUCAACGAAAGGGCAGUAACGAAAAUGUUUAUGUUAUUAUUCAUAAUUCAUACAAACUGAGUCGGUAAGUGUGCUCAACAGCGUAAAAAGUAAAAAUAUAUUCCCACUGUUAAUUAAUGGCAGAACUAAAUCUUCACAAUUUUAUCACGAUUUGUUAUAGCAACUAAUAUAAAUGCGCAAUAAGAUAAAUUAUCGAUUCUAUGCUUCUGCUUUUACCAGCGAUGAUAUCGAGGUUGACUGCCAAGAGGACACUUGUUUGUGGGCAUGGACAUCCCCUGGUAUCAAUGAUGAUCAAAUGGAACUAUAAAAACCUCUUUCUCAAACAAUCACUAUGACGACACGUAGACUGAAGUCACCGACCACGAUUAUCUAACGUGCCGGCAGUUUUCUACGACUUUAUUCAUUUCAUUACUACGUAACGAAAUAUUACCAUAUAUCAGUAAAUCACCUACAUGGAAAUGUCUAAAAUUAUAAUGUUUAACUUAACCAGAGGUGACAAACUCUUCUUCCAUUUUCAAUUAGCUAUAACCUUGUGUUGUAAAAUAAGCCAACUUGAACGUUUAUGCAUGCACAAAUACGUCAAAAACGAAAAUAGGCAUGAUUCUCUUGGACCUUUUUGUGGAGAGAGAGAGCGAGAGAGAGAGAGAAGGAAACACAAUUUUAAAAGCAUACAUUAUGUAGUAUUUAUGUUGGAUCGAUAUAUUUCCUACAAGGGGUAGAAGUCCAUUAGUUUAAUGUGGGGAGCAAUUACCAUCAUGACAUAGUAUCAUACAGUCAUGGUGAUGGUAACAGCAAGACAAGAUAGCCUUCGUCGUAGUGCAUGAUCGUUAUUUUACAUGGCUCAAACAAACGUAUAGGGAAGAUUCAACGCAACAACAACAACAACAACAACAACUUGACGGAAGCGGUGCUCGUUAUCAAGCUAAAAGAUAAAGACUGAUGUCUUUUUAGCCAAAUAUAUCGACAGCACAGGAUGGCAUAGUAUAGCCACGACACGUUUAAUACCAACAAUAGGCAGACGAAGUAGCGUUAUGCUAAUAUGCGCCACUUGACUCCUUACGAUAAGCGUGCGAAUUAAUAACAACAUUGUGAGAAAAAUCAUGACUAUUUUAUAGAAGACAAUAGACCUAAUUUAUCUCAAACGAGGUGCCUAACCUAAAAUUGAAGAUCAGUUUUAUGCUCGUUUAGCAUUAUCGCUCGGACGGAGCCAAUACGUCGAUGUCUCCAAAAAAAAAAAUAGACGCUUAUCUAUAAUAUUUUGGCAUGAACAGAGAAAGAUUCUUCUCUAGAAAGAGAGAUUCUAGAGAAAAAGAGAUUGUUUCCAUAAAAAUAUAUGUCAGGUUGUUAUUACCAAUACUCCAUACAGAUAAAAUUGAUGAGCAACAGUUUACAUGUUGUGAAAAUUUGUAGGCAUCGAUGAAUGUUAGCUAACGUAUAACGAAAGACAUGAUGCGUUGGUGAUAAUAUAUUUUCAUAUCGAGUCAAAACGACGGUGUAGUAAGAACGUCUGGUUACGUAAAAUCGCUACAAGGUAGCGACUUUGAUUUAGUGAUCAAACUUAGUAUUGCCACAUGUAUUAUCGAAUAUAUAAAUAUUAAUUACUGCUACUCACUUCCUGUACCUAAACUGUGCUGACGGCAAGAAAGAUUUCAGGACACUUGGCUCCACCUACAAGAACAAUUCAAGAGCGUACAGCGAUGACAGGAUAAAUAAAUAUGCAUAUAUACAUUAUGCGUAUAUCGACAGCCCCUAUGAAAGAAGAAUUUAUUCCGCCUUGGAGGAUUUCAGUCAACGGAACUUGUCCCCUGUCAACUAAAUAGAAAACAAACUGCAGUAACACUAUCGCUGACUGUUUACUACCACCUAUUCAACUAAUGAACGAAAAAUAGAACCUCGAAAAGACGCUGUGCUAAAAGCGUUAGAGCUGAUCUCGUUAACAACUCGUAGAUCUACGAUGUAGUGUGUAAAAUUCUAGCCAUCGAUAUGGCCAAGUCAGGAACCAAUUUGCGGCCUUUGCUAGGCGAAACUGUCAGGCAUAAUGAAGCCUCUGGGUUAUUGCCGAACCGGUCACUGCUAGAUAAAGAACGGUUCUCAAGUACCAGAAAGGUCAAUAAAUGUACAAAUAAAGAUCGACUUAGCAUACUGACAAAGAAGAAGUAUAUAGUAAGCCCAACAAUACAUUUCAUGCCGGAAAAAAUUUGCCAGUUUUUGAAAUACAAAAUUUAAAGGGAGUUAAGUCAAUCAACACUGUUCAUAACUACUCUAUAUAUAUGAACUAUAUGGCAUUCGUAUCUACAGGCCAACACCAAACACACUUAGUUAACAUUCAUUGUAGAAGAAAUAUAAAUGAACAAACAAUAACGACUCACCCUGCAGCCUGAUGAAAUAAUACCAAUACAAGUGAAGCGAAGACAAUUAGCUAGUAAGUGAAUUUGGGAAGUACCUAGGAACGAAUCUGUUAGACGUAACUGACUAUCGAUGGACAGCAGUGUAUAUUGACCACUGACGAACAAAAAAACGACAUCCCAACUACGUAAUACAUGUACGCCUUUAGGACGCACAUGUCAAAUAGUGCAAUGAUGGCGCCUAGCCUCCAAUUGAUUGUGUUUAAAUCCAUAGUAAUAUAAAAAAAAAAAAAAUCUUUUAUUUACCUAUUUAUUUAAAAGAGAAUUAUAAGGUUCUAAACGAGAGUACAAUGAUACGACAAGCCAUUAGACAAUUUAAAAUUGCGCGGGAAAACAAACGUUUGGUCGAAUCAAACAACUAAAUAGAAUAUUGAUGAAAUGUAAAAUCACCAUUUAUCAAUAUUUACAUUUGUUGAACAACAUCAAGCGCUAAUGUUUGCAGCCGACUACAGGAGGCGUAAACAAUCCAGACCUUGAACGCUAAGAUUACCCAUCCAUCUCAUUAUUACACACACAAACACCCAUACAUCGCGUUACAUACAAUGUCGAAGACAAUGUAUACACCAACCUCAAUGGCCAUAGAAAAGCGCCAAAUUCUAGUACACAUGGUCGGUGUACGACAACGUGGGCGGCCCAUAUCCACUAAUGCGAGUUUGCCAAUUUGGGCAGAGGUUUGCCUACGAAUUCUAACUGGCCAAUCACCAGCCUAAUUUCGACGGCUCUAUCCGGCACCAGUUCCUGGAAAGAAGUACAAUACGAAAUAAGUCGACAUUACUAACUACAACAGUAACUACUAAUAGUACUACAUGCUAAGGUACACCACUUUAUACGGCUUAUGAAUUAUCACCAAAAACAGCAACAUGAACGAUAGAUGCUUGACCACGUGCUGUUGAAUAAACAGCGCUAUAACAUGAAAUUACGUUCACAGCCGUUUGUGUACCGAGCAUUAGACACCAAACUGAGAUGUUCACAAGAACAAUCAUGCAUUCCACUGGGCAAUGGAUUUCAAAAUCGAACUUUAAGAUCGCUCACUAAUAUUCCGAAGUCAAUUUUUCAAGAAUAUACACGGAGAUCAGGACCGAGAAAAGUUUAAAAACAAGGAACAACGCUAUAAGCUGACAAUCGAUCAGCAUCAUAUCUACGAACAAACACAAGCAGGCUGAUGAUAAAGACGUACUAAUUAGCGUCCCCACAAUGACCACAGAAGAACUGCGCCUAUACGCAUAGCACAUACGCUAUGAUGAUAUUUGAGCAUAAGGCUCCUCAGCAGGCCCAUGGAAUGCUUGUACCAGAAGUUGCGGCACCUUCAAGCAAGAACAAUCGCAUAGACCACAACAGCCGAAAUGCGUCGACACUCCAACACCCCUCCGUACAAAUGGCAAGCACAUGAGCACUGCAGCAAAUUGGUUUUAUGUGAGUAUAUAUACAAAGAAACGCGAUACAUAUAUCUAUCAAAGCUGCUUAGCUUAAUAAAUUGGGCAAGUAUUAAUUAUUUGAAGGUAACAAUAUUAAGAUAUAUCUCCAAAACAAGUAAGAGACAGAUCAAAGUAACGGCACGCAGAUCUCGUACAUUUUCUACAAGCAAUUCCAAUGCGGAACUACACAAGGCGGAGAAAUAAGGGCAGAACCAGCAAAUCGCAGGCCAACAACGUGGCGCGCAAACUUCAUAAUAAUAAUAAUAUUCACAGUAAAGAAAAUGAUGAUAAUGUAAAAAAAAAAAAGAAGAUAAUUGCAAUCUUAAUGAUGUCCGUAAGGCUAAUUGAAAAAUCAGCGCAGAUUAUAAUGCGAGCUACGGUGUCGCCUAAUUCAUAUCAUGGCACCGACAGCUACCACAAAUACGGUCCUACUUAAAUAGAUUGGCCACACUUAUUGUAUGAAUCAAAUAUACUUUUGAUGUUUGCUUACCACAUUUUCUGUUAGCAAAGGCGAUUUAUAAAUACAGGGGUUCUGAUUGCACGCGCAGAUUUGGCGUCACUGAGAGCUACACGCUGAGCAAUAUCGACUACACCCAGACAACACUAUUGGCUAGCAUGUAACUUUGCUUAACAGCCAUGAAGAACUGACGUUUGUGUAACAGCGCAUCCAGCAAAAAUGGCACAUACGUGUACGCAUCAACGAAUACGUCGCGUACAGCAGCAGCAGCAGCAGCAGCAGCAAAACGAUCUUUCACUACAAGAUAUAGUAGUCACAAACAAGCAGAAGGCGUCCUUCAGAAAAGCUAAAGCUCAUCAGAUUGCUACUGAUGACAGCGAUGCGUAAUAUAUAUGACCAGUGAAUGCUACUCAGAGGUAGGACUUUCCUUUCUGGACCGCCAGAAAGUUUGACAGAUGAAAGGAAAUGCCUCGGCCAAAGCAACACCGACCGCUUGCUGCGAAGAUAGCCUGCAUCUGUUAUCAACAAUCAUAACAGCAAUAGCAACCGUAAAGAGACUUUGUCAUACUUCACAUAAUUGAUGCUUAAGCCUACAACGGCGAGAACCUCAACGGCAGAAGCUAAUCCUGAACGCACGUUUAGCAAAAAUACACAUUGUCACCUCCAACUCCUUCUGAUCAAUUAUAUAGUUCUCUACUAUAACAAUUUGGUCCUAAUUACGUAUUUACGGCGAUGAUUACAAACUCGCUAUUAGAUCGGCACUGCACAAGCAACAACAAUACAAAGACGUCAACUAUCAUAAGUUAACAUACCAUUCCCCCAUAUGCACAUCCAGCGUUCCAGAACCGCAAAGAUUUCGAUACAGAGCCAAAUACAUGCAACAGAAGCGACGGCAACAACAUCGCCCCAACAGGAGAGGCAGGUGGGGACCACGACGAUUCCAGCCGUCAGCAAGGCCGACGACGACGACGACGACGACGAUGAUGAUGAUAAAGGACGAACAGCAUCAAGGACAUAAUAACGGCGAGGACACUAUAGCCUGCAUCACGUCUCAAUGGAACGAUCAGCUGUUGCGCUAAAGACUGGACCUGUAAAUUUCUCGAACAGAAGCAACAUACAUUUUGUCUCAAAGCCGGCGACACCGACAACAUUUGGAGCAGACGGCAAAUCCAAUGGUAAACAAAGAGCAACUGGAUUACAACAAUGACAAACCGAGCCUAAAUACAUCGAACAUAAGGAGUUAUGGUCAACAAAAAAGCUGCUAAAGACAUUUAAGGUGGGGAAAAAUGGCUAAUUUCAGUAUAGGUAAUAACUUUCUGUGUAACACAAGACGAGCUAAGGAGUGUGCUUCACGAAGUCGACGUGAACACAAUGACUACUAACACGAAAGCGCGACUCACUGGUCAAGAAGACGGCAAAAAUAAUACAAUAAACGACAACACUAGGGGUCGUGGCGGUGCCCAUGAGUAUCAUGAUGGACAGAGAUAAUUACGGAAUUUUUAUUGUGUCAUAUGAUGAAUAGCGGGUGAUCAUUCAACAUUGGAUUCCGAAACGAGCUACUUGUGAAUACAGAAAUUGCAGAAUUAUAAACACAGAGCGAACAAGAUGGAUAAGCCGUCAAAAUGUAGCAUAGGACAAUAAAUUAUAUACUAAACAUAAGAUAUAAACAACGAAAUGAUACCAUCUGGUUGAGGGUUUUAUUAGCGCCACCAUUUUCGUCCCUUCAGAUAUUGUAGCCAUGCUUAACAGCAAUCAUAUAGUAUAGCAAAUAUGAUAGAUAACAUUUCUCUACUUACAUUGAUACUAUGUCGUAUAAUGUGUGCCCCUGACUACCCCUGCAUUCUCUAUCUUUCUCGUAUAAUGUACAGAGGUUCGGUGUAUAUCGAUAUGGGUAAUUAAAUAUAACAACAAUAGUAACCUACUUCAACUAAUUUAUCACGCACCCAUGUAUGUCGUGUGCAGACAGAAUCGUAAUUUCGAAAUAAACAGUUUUAUUAUAAAUCGUGACGAUAUCUAAUACAGAAUAUCCCUGUCCGUGGUCAUGUGUUGUGAAUAUUGACGUUCGUAAACAUAAUAACCAUGAUGAUAUAACAACAGCAGCAGCACACAUAGAGUCAACAAUUGCAGCCGUUUGAAUCAACAGAAAAUAUGCGUCUAUCUACAGAUUGGAACCAAGACGCUUCUAUCGUUCCGUCUUCUGUCAAUGACAGAUUAAUACCCGAUCAUAACUCGUGUACAACAGUAUUACAAAAACAGCAGCAGGAUUAUUACUAUGAUACUAUUGUCAUCGUAUACUACGUAAUCACACCAAUCAUAAUAUUGCGCUAUUGUGUGUAUACCUGUGAAGCGUUUGCCCAUGUCCUCCACGUUUGCCUAUCGUUGCCCCAAACCAUGACAUUAACCGGCAGUCUCUACUUGGAGUGGAUGCAUUUGUACAUUCUGCUCGCCGGUUUUGAGCCUCAUCAAAUCGAAGCACCUAGGCAGGCAAACAGAGGACUAAUAGCUCCACUUUGUCGGUGUUGCACUAAUUAUUCCUGAAUGCCUAGAAAUCCUAUUGCGCUCCCGCUACUCUCUAUUACUAGAAUAGCAGACAUAUGCAAUGGGUCAGAAAGUAAUUUCCAGAGAGUAAAUAUUAGUCGGAAAAUCACGUGACAGCGAUAUUAUUGCCGUCGGCAUUGUAGAAAGGGGCUAAAAGUAAAUAUCGUUUCAUUAGCUUGCAGAUGUUUGCAAUACAAAAAUUUAGGAAGAAUACGUGCCGGUCAAAAUAGUGACUGAUGACGUCAGUAUGUACACUUUUCGCAGACCCAUUGUUUUACUAUUAUUAUUACUUACAUUGACCUAUCACAUGACCCAUUAGUUACACAAUUCUGUCAGUCUUCAGCGUACAGAGCGAUACUAAAGACAAGAAGUAUUUUCUCAAUACACGCCGUUUGUUGGUCAUGGCAACAAGUCCCCCUAAACGCCCUUUCGACCUACUCUAAGCUUCGCUACCUUCGGCCAGCCCCCUUCAAAAGCGAGAGCUGUCUAACGAAUAACCUCGCCCACAUACACAUACACGCAUCAAUGCACAAAUCCAGAGCUAGUCAAAAACACCCAUUAUCAAUAGAAUACGAGACAUAAUUCUUAUCAAAACGCAUACGUGCAACAUACAUCAGCCAAAAUCAGCUGACUAGAUUCUGCGACGUAACUAUCAAUAUCUUUUUGUGCUAAAUUUUUUGCUGAAAAGUAUCUUCCCGAUAACACGCUAGGGCCAGCUGACUUUCAAACUACACCUUCCCGGAGACAAAGGCCUGCAAGCUGAAUUGGGCCUGGGAUCCACUCUGAUUGGCAAACGUAUAUAUAGACAAACGUUAAGUUGGCUAACCUUUGCCAUUUGUGUAGUUUAAGUUACGUGUCAGUCAGAUAAUUCUAUCUGACGACAAAGAUAAAAACUUCGUAAUUUCAUAGCAAAUUGCCACACCACAGUUGAGACUUGCAACCGUGUUUUGCACAAAACGGUGUAAGAGUGUAUAUGAAUUUCUCAAUUGGAAAGCCUCCAGUCAAAAAUCGAUCAUCGUAAACCUUGCCAUUCCUAUCCUACAAGACGUAAUACGCGGCACCAUAAAUGUAUAUCAAGCUACGAUUUAUGGCAGCAAAUAUGUUUUAGUAUGCGCUUCCCUUCAAAACGAAUCGUCAGAAUUCCGAUGAAUAUGUUAAGGCAAGCAAUGCAGAAGUCUUACGAGCUCAUUGAAGAAGACACCGCUUCUACAAGUAGAUGACUGAAAAAACACAGCAAUCACAUUUGAGCCAAGGAAGGCAUAUUGAGUUUUUUUUUUUUUGUUCCUACCGUUGCUGCCGUGCAGAAAUUGGACAUUUGACAGAAGAUCAAACAAACGCUAGACAAGCAACAAUUACUAUACCAAAUACUAACAGUACGUAGCAUGGUCAUGACGCAAAGCUAUGUUUUUACGCAAUGCAAUCAUACGAACAGCAGAAGCAACUGCAGUAGCAAAAGCAAGUACAAAAACACCUCUUAUAUACGAUAAUAUAAUGCUACAAGCUACUACAAUCACUCUCAAAGUCUGGCUCGUAACAUCAACAAUAAAACAGCUGAUGAAGCUUCAAACAAGAGAUCUUCUUAGUUCAAUGGUCGUGAAUUUCGACAAGCACAUGUAACAACAGCAACGGUAAAGCAGACUAAGCGACAAUAAGGAAAAAUUGAAACCGUAUAAUGAUUACUUGUGACGAUGAUCAUGCUGGUGGUGGUGAUGAUAACAAUAUAAACGAGAAGGAGCGUGUCGUAUAAUGACGCCCACGGAUAACAACAAAAAGAGGACAAAGUACUUAGUCUCUCUUUUCGAUGCUUACGCUCGUGUAUUUGACGAAAGUAAAUGACACUCAGAAGAAGAAGAAGAAGAAGAAGAAGAACGAAAAACUUCUGCAUACCAUCAUGCAUGAAAUGUCGACAGUUGCGCGGCAUAUUAUCCAAAACUGCCCGAACAAAGUUGAACUAUUUCUGCUCAAAAAUCUACUCAGAACGAACGAUGUGAUUAAACGAAAACGAUAACUAUUGGUCCGUUCCAGCGCAGCAUCAAAAAAGUUCGAUAUAUUAUCGUUUUCUUCUACGUUCACGAUUAGGCUUGCAUUCACUCAAUUAAUAACUAUUUUGCCACUAGGACUUCAUCUUUUGUUCCAAUUUUACCUUCCUGCGUAGUACAGUACUACGACCCGAUCCGGAGAAGGCCCGGAAUAUUUUCGAAAAAAUUACUUGGGAUAAUUCCUUACGUCGAUGUAAUCGCUGCCAUUUUUGGCUAAUGGCUCUUUAACGUUAAGAUCGAAGUAAACGAACCGGCCCGUUACUUUAUGCAGUGACUUUCCGCUACUCGAAAUGGAAGCAAUAUGCCCUAUGUCGUAUUUUGAUGCGUAACCGUGCAGUGCGAUUGGGUUGCAUAUAAUAGCGCAUAAUACUACGGCCAUUUUUCAGGCAGCAGAAAUAAAAAUAUUUACCUAAAUGGCUCUUAAUAGUCAGUCAAUGCUUUGUUCACUUGUUAGUAGUGAAACAAACAACGCCUUCCAUGAACAAGCAGGCGCCAGCGGAAUACGUUCGAACAAAGCAAAAUGGCUUACAAUGUUAAAACUAAUUUUAGCUUAUGAAGAGCCAAAUGUGUUAGCAUAGCCAGGCCCAAACCCCGUCCUGUAUUAACCCCAGUUUUGGCAGGCAAGAGUGGAUAUAUUCGUUCAAAACGCUUCAACGAAGUCCAGAUUUAUUAUUGUACAGUGCUAUAAGCAGCUACAGUCAGAGUAGUAAGAACAGUUCCAGCUAUUUCAUUUCUACAGCGACAAAAAUAGCUGAAAAGCUAGUCUGAUCUAUUGAAAAGUAAUGAGGGCCGACAGGCCGGGCAGAAAGCUGUAGAUAACGAGCAGGACGAAGACCAUCAACAACCUAAUACCAAAAGGAUCACACGGAGGAACAAGAUCAGACGAUGAUGAGUUGUCACAACAUGUGCUGAUCCCUGACACAUUUAUAUACAUAUACGCAAACAAACGUAUGUGAGGAAGUACGUAGCACUUUUCUAACAAGCUAUUAACAGCAGUAGCGAAAACAACAGUAACAAGAAGCGCGGUUUUUGUGACAAUUUGCUAACGCUAAAGACAAUAAUAUUAACGAUAAAACUUAUACGACUGCAGCAGCGAUAACAACGAUAAUAACAAACAGAAAGGUCCAGCAAUACAUAACAGUUUCCCGAUCACAUUGUCAAGGAUCCGGAAACAAUGUUCAUACGUGUACUUGUACCGCUACUGAUAUGUGCAGUACAAGUAUGCGCAGACACACACAUGCAUAUGCAUACGCCCACAUACACACAGUGUCUGUCAUAAACUGAGGACUGAAAACUAGCGCAGUGUUCUGCCUGUAACAUCAUCGAUCUAUUGACACCUUGUAAAGAACCAAAAAGCUAAUUAUCAUGUUGGUUCAUCUUCAUAACUAUGUGACAAGGGAGCAGAGCUCCUGCUACUGACGUAAUAAAAACAUAACGGUUCAAACAAACGGUAUUCUUAUUGGCGGCAGCAGCAGCAGCAGCAGCAGCAGCGAAGAAUAUUGUAAGAACAAUACAUAAUGCGAACGCAUAUAACAGAACACAUGUGAUGGCAUUAGGAUACGCAUUCAUUGGAAGACACGAUGACAACGAGUCUUAUUUAACGGUUACAUACCAUGCACACAGGAUGCGUAACAGACAAAAACGAAAAAUAUUAUGAAUGGACACAAAACAAACAGCAGCGGAGUUAAUGCAGAGAGAAAAACCUGACAUCAUCGGAAUAGUAUUUCUUCGAUACCCUACGAGGGUCACUCGCUGGCGACUGUAGCACGGAAAUACAACGCGGCUAACUAACUGCAGAUAACAAGAAAACAAGUUAGUAGAAGACGGCACACGUUUUUACCCUUCAGCAGAUAAAAAUAUUUUCAAUGAAACAAAACAAUGGUAAUAAUAACGCUGCGUAGUAAUGAUUAAUCGCAUUCAAAGCAGAAACAAAAGAAAGCUGAAUUGUAGUAAAAAACAAAAAAAAAUACAAAUAAAAAAUUACGAAAAUGAUCUCUAGAUUACCUAAAUAAUUACUUGUAAAAUAUUAUCACACGUCGAUUUUUCUAUAUAUCGUGACGUAGUAUCUUCAAUUCGUGAUUUCAAUACGGACAAGCAUGAUUGCGUUUCAUGUCUGGACACGUUUUUUGAAACUAUAAUAGAUUGCCAUCAUAUUGUACUCUUCUUUAGUAGAUCACGAUCUGUUGUAAGCAGUACUCAUAAAUGAUACCUCCAAACGGUAUUAUUACGGUUCAGGCUUGUGGCAACCUAAGCAUUAGAAUGUAUGCCCGCCCCCAAGCGACGAUGUUCCGUCUCUGAUACGAUGGGAAAUGUCUAUAAAAAUUAAACACAUGUCGAAACAGAUAUUGCUGAUGCAAUCGUUUUACAAACUAUAAUAUAUGAUAACAAAAAGGAAGCAGGCGUCUAUUCCGAACAGAAGAUUAUAGUAAGCAGCAGCAGCAGCAGCAGCAGCAACAGCGCAUCAUCCAGCAAAAUACUUCAAUUCAAUCCGAUUCACAUUUUUAACCGAUUGCCGAGGCUACCCGACCUCGACCGGCUGGGGCCGGGUGGCCAUGUUACAGUGUCACAAGGGUAUGUAACACAUGUAACAGAUGUAACGAAACAAACGUUACUGCGCUAGUUAUCCACAUCGGCGGUAUUCGCGCUCUCACUCAUCUGCCGAUUAUGUACUAUUCUAUGUAUGCAGCCUUGAGGAUCACGUUAAGUGGGUUUGUCUGUACCAAUGGGAGAUGUAACGGAUGCCAUCAACGUAUUAAGUAAUGAUAUAGUACUUUUGUUCAGGUCGAUUACAGAUAGCUACUUUAAUUUUCCUAUUCGCAAGUUGCGGGCUAAUCGAACUUGCAGAAAUUGCAAAUAACUUCUGGAAAAGUUCGUUCAUCUUUCACUUUUAGAGCAUAGCAGAGAAAACCCCUUAAUGAGAAACCUCAAGAGAUUCUUAGCGAUAUUUUCCGAGUGCGUUUAUCCUAUUACUGUUAGAAUGAGAUCAGUCAACUAACUCAACUGUUCACUUCUCUUUAUUGGUCCGAGGUAAGACCCAACGAAAGACCUUCAAGUCACUCAAAGUAUGGUCUCCUCCAUAGAAAUUGACAGUUGAGUGAUAAUAAUAACAAGGAUCGUAUAAGCGUAUAAACAUUCACGAUAGUGAGUGAUAGGAGUAUCCCUAUCAGGUUGUGCGACAGGUGUAGAUAGAUUGCUAUGUUAACCCGCAAGGAUUGUCCAAUACUACGGAAAACAGCCCUCGUCUAAUCAUAUACAGUGGAGAGAAAUAUGUUCACAUCGACGGAGUUUGCAACAAUUUUGUUAUAAUAACUUGAUCGUGGAGCCUCAGCAGUUGUACUUUGGCCUACGUAACAUUAGAAUGGGUGCCUUAGCUUGAUUAUUUCAAACAGUCUAAGUAUUCUUCUACUGAAACUGAGUUUUGUCAAGUAAGGGCCAGUGGAUUUUAACAACUUCCCAUCAUACAAGCGUAGACUAAAGAGGUCGAACGGCAAAAAACAAAUUUCAAAGAAAAGCUGUAAAGUAUUUAGCUAUGCCUCAUGCUACGCGCAAUACAGGCUGCGAAAAGACUGCUGAUUACCAUACGACCAAUGGCACAUAUCGAACCAUCGAACAAACAACAAUCGAUAAACAGAGAGCAGUAGCAAUUAUUUAAAUCAACGGCGUUUGCCAUUGGAAGAAAAACAGUUGUCAAAUAUGUAAGCUGGCGACACAGUAUUUCUACAAUGACUACCAAAUGCUACAGGCAUCUGAUCAUAACAGUGAGAACUAUUAGUUUUACUAUCAUUAUAAUUAUUGCUAUAUUAUUCCUUCCUGAACACAGAGAAUAGAUAAUGCAAACGAAGAUGUUUACGAAUCAUGAUCGCUUAUUCGAUUGCAAGUACUAGCACUUGGGCAUAACAAGUACUCUUUAAGCCAUAAAAAAAUAUGGAAAUUGUUUUACAUCGACUUCAUUGCUAUAUAGAAUAAGAAACAGUUAUGUCACAAACGUGAAAAUGGCAAAAAACAACAAGUAACUAUGCCAAUGCCAUCCAAAGCAAUGCUUGUCCGCAGUCUCCAGCACGGGCUCUGCAGUGCGCUCAGUCAUUAUCGAGCAGUGGCAUAUGUGCACGUUUGGCGGCUAUCACAUAAAUACAGGCUUCUUUGCCAAAAUGUUUGUCAAAUUCUUUUGACGGACCCGACGUGAUGCUUUUUUCAUUUGUAAAGGUUUAUAAAGAAAUUAACGUAGCCAACUGCUGUCAGCAGCACCCAAUUCGAAGCCAUACCAAUACUAAUUAGGCAUGGAAGUUUGAGUAUCGAUAUGGUUUGCCUUCAAACGUUUUUGUCACUGACUCGAACACAGGAGCACAUGAUGACGGCCCCGAUGACUGAUUUAGAGGACAACUAAAUAACUGAAAUUUCUCUAAUUACGAUAACAUCUAUGUGAAAUAAAAGCAGGCAAAACAAGCUGGAAGGUUCAAAGGAGAAGCAUACAAUUAUGGAAGGAUGGACAACAGCUAGAGUACUAUUAUCCAGCUCUCUAUACAUUAUUGUCCUCCUUUUAAAGCCUCACAUAAUCUAUAGAAUCAGAAACUUGUAGAGGUCAUCAAAUGGUAUAAAAGCAACAGAAUUGGUCCAGUCACUUUUAUUCCACGUCUAGAAAAGCACACUAAAACUGCGGUGGAAACGACUGCAAAUCACACAUUCAUCUAGAACUUGUGUUUCUAGCAAAAUACGUCAAUAGAGGUUCAUGUUUGGUAUUGUAUAGGAAUCGAUGUCUUUGCGCUUACAUUUCGGGACGUUGCUUAUUAAGGCUAUCAAUACAGGGCAUUAAGCAUUGAGGAAAUUUUUCUUAUCAGCUUUACUGCUCGGUCUCUAUCUAACAUACGUAAGUCAAUUGGAAAUUGAGUUGAAUGACGCAUUUUAAGAACCCUACUAUUUUUUGUACCUAAAGCUCUUCUUGCUUAAAUCAGAAGUGCGCAUUCUUAAGCAUGUAUGCCUAUGUCCUAGAAGUCUCCAAGUCCAUAAUUAGCAGAAGGCAUAGAGUCGUACGACCAAGUCACACCAUUUACUUGACUUUCUUUGUUUAUCUUUGCCAGCUUAUAUGAUUUCCUUAGCGUCAUAUAUCAAUUUAAGGUUGAUCUAGCGGCCACGGUUGUUGUUCUUUUGGUUAAGUAAGUGCCUGUGCGGAUAACUGAAUUUAAGAGUUACUUCAGGUCAGCGACUGUACGAGAGUGCUCGUAGAUGCAAUUCUCUUACUGGGGCAAUCUAUUUUUAACCUGUCGUUACGAUUAAUGACCUAGGUUAUUUAGAAAUAAUUGAUUUACUGAUAAAAAAAAAAAGUGAAAAGGUACGACUGAUGUAUUUUUAGUCUGAUUAUGUUCUUCAUCUAACGAGCAAACGAGUGAUAUAUAAGAAAUUCCGACAUUCACUCAUUCAUAUCGCUUUAAAAGGCUAACGGUUAUAUGAUAAUGCUAACACGCAUUAACGAAGAAUAACAACAUAAUAUACUACUCAUAAUAAAAGCCGAAGAUAGUCAACGCAAUGAAACGACGAUUUUUACCGACGACCCUGCAGUCUGCAUAAUGGCAGACGACGUAUUUAUAAUGAAAGUAGAAAAAUAGUUUUGCGCAUACUUGAUAUUGAACACCUAUUAACGUGCCCAUCAUUGACCAAACCGCCCGAUCGUUUCAUAAUUCAAAGUUCACUCCUUUGAUGUCUUAUUUUUCGGAGAACUUUAACUGGAAUAGACCCCAUAAUGGUCACUUACCUCACCUAGCGUAUGAUGUUGACCAUUUCUGUGGCUCAAAGGGUCAAAAGAGUUCAACACCUAUGGUGGCGGUAGGUCUCGCAUCGGGCGGACUGGUGUCUUUUAUGAAAAAAGAGAGGCUGAUAUCAAAUUGUGAUUUUAUAACGUGGACAGUAUGUCUUCAACACCACACUUGCUGUUCCUGAUACAUUGACGAGAACAACAACAGCCUAUGGUGACACAAAAAACUACAGAAAAUUGUAGAGUUUUCUACCUGUCACCCGACUCUAUUAACAACAAUUACUAGAGUGUUGAGAACAGAUGGACAUUGAACACCAUGUCAACGAUAAAAGCUUUUCAAUCAAAUACCUGUCUAAUGUGGAAAAUCUCCUACUAAUGUGAUACUGACAACAACAGUGACGGUAAUAACAGCGACUACAGAAAGCUACAGUUGAAGUGAAACAAGAGGAGCGCCCCCAAACCUAAAAUCCUUCUGACCCUAUGGAAGAGCAUAUUGGUUGCACAUGCAUACACACCACAAGUUCAUAAUUGUAUGUAUGUUCAUAGGAGUCUACAAGAAAUAGCCGCCAACUUAACAUAACGAGACUUAAUACAGCUAAUUUUACCCUUUACAUAGGCGCGGUUCUCUGCAAAAAGCCUGUAAAGCUAAUGCUACGUUGGCCUUAUAUAUACCAUAUAUAAAACAUGAAUGUAAAGUCACAAUAGUUAUGCAGGUAAUACACUUCAAGUAGCGAAAAAUCAAAGGUAAUGUAGUCUUGAAGGGUACAAAACGCUAAAAAAAAAAAAGCUAUUGAAUAAUAUCUAUCUAAAUAAUCACAAAGAAUGGAAAUAGUAGUGAAAACAUUAUUUAUUUUCCUUCGAAUACAACUAACGAAAUUGUCUUUAAAGCUAAACACUUGAAGGCAAAGCAUUGCUUUUUUUUACAUAUAUACACCCACAAAAUUACUUAAACAUGAUUUUCUAGAAAAUCAUGUUCGAGUAAUUUCUAGGUGCUUCCUUUUGUGGUUAUGUUUAUAUAUUCCACGAACAUAGCAAAAUACGUUCAGUAAAAUUAAUCGGAAAAACCUUGUAGAAACAAUAGCGGCAUUAGAGAGCGGGCAGCGCGUACCAGCAAAUAGGAUGCGGAAAACUUGCUCAAAACAAGCAUAAGGUUUAUGACUUUGCAAAAUAAAGUAUUGAGUAUCAAAGCUCAUCACGAAACACAAAUAAAUCUAUUAGGUAUUCAGAUUCCUAUAUAUUUUCUAGAACUAGCGUAGCUUAUCCCGAAAUCAUAUGGCUUUUAACUCGGCUAGUUUAAAGUAUCAGAACAAACCAAAGACAUCGGAUAAUAUCUAUGUUCGUUCAAUCAACAGAUGUAACAUAUCUUCUAUUUAGAGCUGUUAAUUAUGAUUGACACUGGUCGCAAUUAUUAGCUAUAUAAAUAAUAAUAAUGCCGAAAACUGUGCAAUGGUGACAAAUUUACGAUGCCUGCCGCGCUCUCUCAAUGUACGAACCAUUCUCCUGUCCAACUACUGCUAUUAGCUCCACCAUCACGACGAUGAACGAGGCUAGAUAAAAUACCGCCAAGAGAACAGUCUAACCAAGUAAAUAUCUUAAUUGAGCGAUAUUCAUAUAAUAGGCUAGUAUUAACAAGAAUUGUUAUUACAAAAUUAAGGUCAUAGGACAGUAGUUGUAAUCAAUUAAAAUUAAAACAACAACGACAAUUUCCUUCUCAAAAUCGGGAUCUAGAAAAAUGUUCACGAAAAUCAGACUGUGUCUCUUUUCAUAUACACACUUCCGGACAGCUAACGUAGACAAAAAUAACAAUAACAUAUGUUUUAUUUAAUUUUAUUAUUACAUUUCGAAGACUAGCAAAAACGCAAGAACCAGGUUGCCAAGGUGACGCGAUCCAGUUGGCGACUGGUCGAUGAGGCACCUUCUGAUUCUGGAUGAUGAUGACAUUCGCUUUAUAAUGAAUAAUUAGCGUUUCUGUCAACAUCAAUGAACGAUUUGAAGCGGAGUUAGAAACAAACGCUGUCUGCUUGCUACCCACUCGGACUAACGCCAGUCCACAAAAUUGAAUAACUCAGGCUUGAUCAUCAUCUCCAGCAACGUUAGUGCCACCUCUGUUCUCAUCUCCUCUGAUCAUGAAACAUCAUACACAUAAAGUAAUACGACAGCAUUUAGACGCUAACAGUUAUCAGAUUAUAAUGCCUGGAUUUAUUUUACUUGUUUACAUUAGUUAUUUUCUUUGAGUGCUAUUCUUCAGUGCACUCUUUCAAAUCCUUGAAUGAUUUAUUAUAAGGCUUCACUUCUCUAAAGUGAGCUACUGUUGUUAGUGGCAAGUAGAAACAAUCAGCCCACCUUAAGGAUUAUCAGUAGCAGGCGCAUUAUCAACUCGGGACAUAGCGAAUGAUGAUUUUUACAGUAAAAUAGAUGUUUUGAGAUUGUAAAUUGUUACCUAUUAAAUCGUGAAAGUAUCCAACAUAACGAUUUCAUGACUAAUAAUGAUGAAAAAGUUACAAUGGUCAUUAGAUUAUUUUUAAUAGGAACGUAUUCAGAUAGGAGGAUUUACUGAGGUGUAACGAGCCUUACCUCGUAACACAAAACGACAAGCGCUAAAUACCGACAUGAGGUGUUAAUUAAUAACAAACUAGCGCCCACUAUCGAUUAACACCGCCACCACAGAAGUUCUGCUUUUCAACGCCCGGCGCGACAACGGACGAACGCCACCCGUCGCGCUGUAGAUAAAUAGCAUGAGCUAUUUAUGAAGCAUUACCUUAAAAGGUGGCUUAGUCUUACCUAAAUAACGAGAGACCAAUGGUAACAUCUCAAUGACCUCUGAACACAAACUAAGACUUGCUAUAUACAGGCAAUGCUGUUGUUUCUUAAAUAACUAACACACAUAAACAACAUUAUCGUGGUAGUAAUAGUGAGAACAGAUAUAAUAGUCAUCGAGUGUGGCUUGAUUUAUCAUCAAAGGACGAUCAGGCCACAGGUUUUUAUAAAUCAAAAUGGUUUAUUGUGCUCUAUACGUUGUGAUGAAUAGUGCCAGCGACAAGCGGAAGAAGAAAGGCUGGCUUUUACUGAUCAAUGGCUUAGCCCGGUGGCUCACUGCACGUGCUGUCUGAUGCGUCAGGGAGCAAGUGUGAUGCUUCUUGAGUAUAUUGAUAAGGUGAACAUCUCCGUUAGUUGAGAGGGAGGAUUAAUUCUACAGUAUUAUGGAAGCACAUGAUGGGGCUCCUGACGUUGACAGUGAUACUGAAGACAGUGAUCAUAUGCGAAGAGUUCUAAUCAGCAAUCAGUCAAAAAUAUAUGCACGGUUCCUGUGGAUCAAGGUAUAAACACCGAUAUAUACCGAUACCACCUCAUUGCGGAAGGCAAGUAAAGUGUUUAAGCGAAUAUACGAUCAGACGAAUGACUGAACACUGUGCGAUUGCCGCAUCUCUGAUACAAGUAAGCGCCGAUGUUAACGAAGAGAAGUUAUGGUGGGUUUCGAUGAUGAGUAGAGACAACCACACGGAAUGUGAGACCCGGUAAACUUGAUUUGGGCAAGCGAUGAAUAAGUAGCCUAAACGCUAAUAAUAAUUAGGGCGUAAUAUAAGUAAUCAUAGUAACACUGACAGUCAGACGUAAUCAAAUUAACUACAUGAAAUGUGUACGAGAUCCUAAUGUCGAAUUGAGCAGAAACCAAAGAAUGCAGAAAUCUGUAAUCAGUCAUUUUUUUAAAUUGAUAUGUAUAUAAAGAUGAACUUUUUGAGCACGUAGAGCAAACGAAACAUUACUUCGAGUGCUCAUCAUCAUAAUUUAUUAACACCAUAUAUUUAGUAGUCGUGUAACAAAUUCGAAAGAGUAGUACUUCGAUGUAGAUCCGUAAAAACAUGUACCAAAUUAGAAAAAUUCAUUUAUCUUUAUUCGCCCUAUUUUGAAAAUAGAUCGCAAUCUACUCAAUAAUACGGACUGUACUUUUUCGUUCAAUUUCAGAAAGUAUAUUUGAGAACAUUAUCUUUAUAUUAUGAAAUGUCGUUGAGCGACUUGCUCAAACAACUUACUUAAGCAGAGACCCCCUAAUAUUGAAGAUAUUGAGUUGGGUGGGACAAAUUGUUGGAGUUGGACAGAAGGUGAUUGUCGUUUAUCUUGGUGGGAAUUAGAAUUCACUAGCGUAAUAAUGGUACUCCCAAGGAUGUUAUUAGAGAGAACGAACACGGGCCAUUGAAACGGGAUCGUUUCACUCUGCCGAGCUUUUCAUGGGGUCGCUUCGAACUCGUGGAUGGAUUUCGCGUUCGUCCAGCGUUUGUUUUCACGCCCUUUAAUCAAUCAUUAUCUAACGCGAUCAUCAAUCGCAAAAAAACGGGUGUCCCUUCGCAUGUCACUGUGGUAUCGCCACACCCACGAAGAGCCCUGCCGAAUAUUAAGGUGAGCAAGGGUUACAAGGCCCUGAUUGGAAACCAUUAAUGUUUGUGCAACGGUCUGAAUACAGUGGCCUGUGUUCGUAAUUUCUCCGUUGCUAGUAACAGAAGAUGACCCUUAGUGAAUUCAUCGGAGCGGAAGCGAACAAGUAUCCUAUCUAUUUACAGUAACAAAGCGUAACCAAGAACAUCGAGACAGACCGAUACUACCUACCCAUUAUUCUAGCAAUCGAUAGUCCACCGGCCAAAGUCUUCGCGCUUUGCAAAUGGAAUCAUUGCCAUUGUGGCAAUACGACUAAGGCGUUACUACUGUUACUACCAUCGGUAUAGAUCUGCUAAGGUCUAAAGCAAACCCUUCUCACGAAACACAGCCACCAAUCUUCUUUCGCUCUGCGCAUUGACACAAUUCCAGAAACUGUACUUUUCAACAAUGAAAUACUCGUUUAUCAAAUUGGCUAUUCUGUAAGAGGCAAAAAUGCAAGUUCAAUUUCAGUGAAACUGAAAACCCGUAUGUCAUGGCUGUGACACUGCAUAGAAUCUUUUUUUUCGAAAAUGUAACAGCGAUCCCCUAAGGAGAAAAAUUAUGUGGGGAAGUGUGAGCACGUGCCUGAAUCGAUGGCAGAGUGAUAAAAAAAAACACCAACACGAGGAACGUGAAUCGAGAAAUGUGAAUUGAUCGAUUAUUGAUUCUAAACUAGACAUAAAUAUUAUUUUAUUUCUGCCAAAUCGGAAAUUCGUGCCGCUGUCAGACCUUGCCUUGAGCGCGGACUAACAAGAAAUGCUUGUUUCCAUGCGAUGGCUAGCUACGUUUUCUACUGUGUUUAAAUAGAAAGCCGUUAACCGUACCUGUUUUGUGCCAUUAUUCGUGACACAAUACAUAAAAAAAAAAUGAAACUCAAGGACCAGCUCACAGGGGCCAGACUUUCGGCACGUCUUUUCGAUUAACCGUUAUUAUGGGCAGAUGAGCGAUAUAAUAAUUAAAAGUUUAGUUUAGUAAUUUACUACGCGUUAUUACAACGAUCAUACAGAAACAAUAGCAUUCAGACGAACAACAUAAACAACAGACGAUCACUCUCCCCUCCUCUUGUCAAUGUUGAAACGAUUUAAGUAUACCCUCGUCCAACAUCGUACAAGGAAUACUCCAUCAUUAAGUUUCUAUAAGAAAAACGAGCAACUUUUGUUUGCUUGUUCCCGAUCAUCGAACAGGCGCAGGCAUUCGUCUUAAUCCUCCGGUUACAUCUCUAACUUUUCCAUAAUUCUAAUGAUCCCUAAUUUCUCUCGUUCGAUAUGUUUCCGAUGACGUCGCUGAAGCUCAUAGGAAACGUCCCUCGUGUGACAACGAAGUCUCUUCCGUGUUCUAUUGUUUGCUAAAUUCAAUGUCAACAGCAGCGCAUUUGCAGCACAGAGGGACUCUCGGAAAGUAUCCUAUUAUGAGACGUCUAUAUAGACACAUGAUUUGAUAGCGUUACAUGAGUCGAUAUCUAACUGCGCCAAAUGAAAAUCAAAGUUCCGGAAUACCCCAGUUGCACGAUAAUAAUCCAACUGUUAUCGUGCGACCGGAGUAUUCGUGAUCAAGCCUGUUGAUUAAUCCCAUCACACGUGCCAGUUUUAAUAUAAUACAGCAGGCGAAAUAAGUUAUCUCUCAAAAUUCAGGUUUUAACAUUAAUUGCUGUUCAGCGGAUAAUAACUGCCAUCUGAGAUAUUUCACGGGUAUUAGCUAUAUGUUAUUAUCGAUAUAUAAGUGAAAGAUGGCAACUCACCAGCGGCUUAUACCGGCUUCGCCGAGAGUCCCCUAAUAUUUCCUAUUGAGAAAACUGCAACUGGAACUGCCGAAGUAAAACUUGUGCGUAAUGCACGAGUAAAUUAAAUAAGUUAGCUAAAAAUGCUCUUGUAUGUACUGGCUUCAAAUCGCAUCAUGAUUAAAAAAAGGUGCAGAUGAUAUACAGAAGACUAAACAGGCAACAGCGAUGUUCCAGAUAAGCAGUACGCCUAUCCAACUGGUUGCUAUAAGCUUUACGUGAGGCCGGCUUUCAACAAGUACAAUGACAAAAAUUAAGAUAACUGAGUACGUACGUCGGCGAGCAUUUAAUGCGACCUCUACUUUUUGACAUCGAAGCAAAGUUUUGACAUAGCAAUCAAAGCAAAGAGAGGUGAAGUCAACAAAGCUAGCAACAGAUACGCUAUGGUUCAAUCACGAUCGAUUAUGAGAAAUAGCGAAACUGUAAUAAUUCAAUUAUGUACAAUGAUAAUUUUAAUGACAAAGAGAGACUAUGAACAUAUGACAUGUGGGAGAUGCUCUCCACCCGGGCUAUAAUUACAUAGCACUAAUUCCUUCCAUUAAACAGCAGUAAAUAUAACAUCUGUAAUGCAGGAUAGUGUGUGCACUACGGUCGACACCCACAAAAGCAAUAACAGUCGCGACAUAAAGUUAACGAUAACUAUACGGCACCGAUAGAAGCAGCAGCAACUAGAGUAGAUAAAUAAUCGGACCAUCAAAAAUCGAGGUACCGAUUGAACAAUAAAAUCUAAAUAGUUUUUUUUUUUUUUGAUGGAGUAAAAAUAAUAUUUCUGAUGUGCGACUGCGGAAUCUGAUGCACACAGAGACAAGAUUAAAAAAAUGGGAGCCACUUGUAUAUAGACAUAUGUGUUUCUACUGUAUUUUGCAUUCGCAAAUCACAUUGCAAUUAAUCGAUCAGCACAGACGGGAAAAUUAACACUGAAGCCUAAACAACAUUUUCAGCAGAAGAAUAACAAUAAUACCCGUAAUGUCGAAUGGCCGUUGUCUAUUCGGUGCCACAUGCUCCGGAAUCACUGCUAUAUGAAACUGCAAUGAAUGCUACGGCAGACUACCACAACAACAAGUGUUAUCGUAUCUAUUUAAUAAUACUCUAUCCAAACAAAUAAUUCGACAAUGACUUGAAAAGGCCGACUGUGCCUGGUUCUCAUUGAAAAAAAAAAAAAUAUAGUCACAAUGGAAGGAUGCCCGUAAGUAAAGGAAGCGAGUACUUUGCUGCACCGAAGUGCAGGAAUGGCUAGCCCAUGUUUGUUCACGGGAUGGCCGUUUUAAGGGAAAAAUUCACAUGAACACAUACGCAGGAUAAAGUAGCGAUUACCUUUUCGAUUGGCAGCAACAUGCCGAUAUGUCAGCGCGACAUAUCAACAACAUCAGCAUUUAUCCCGUCCCGGAUGAGUUCUGGUAGCAACGACGAUUUACCCCUAAAUCGGAAGAAAAAUACCUCGACCGAUGUUCCCAAUGAGAGCCUUUUGCCAAUACAAGUCCGUUUAAUGGUCAGACAAAGAAUCGUUGAAAAUAUAAGUUGUGAUUUGAUAUGCAUAUACCUCAGCACUAAAGCAGCUAGAAUGAGAUAUAUGGCUAGUUACUAUAUUGCACUGUAGUGGUAAAACACUAUCGGGUUCCCCUCUACAACAUCAACUAGCCAGAGGUGAAUGUAGAAUCAGGAUAUCUGCGUUUCAAUUAAACAGCGUGUGAAACUGCAAGAGGUGUAAUCGUAGGGGUAGGUGGUAAUCACUUCUAACGAGUUAGCCUGCAAAAAUUCAAAGUACUUUCUCAGGCGAAAAUUUUUCCUAUUGUCCAACAUGUCCAGUUUAGCUGCCUAUCUCAUUACGAACCGAGCCCACAUUGUAGUGAAUUUUGGGUGAGCUAUCAUCCUCUGCUAGCCCGCCUAAAUAGCGCGCGUCGUCUUAUGAGGGCGUCUGCUCCUAUAGGCAUUUGGUUUUUAAGAUUCGAGUAAUGCAACUUAGAUCAGCGGACGUAGUGGACUGCAUGACUUAAGACCAGGCGUGGCGAUCGUUACCAGAAAUGUAGGCUCUUUUCAAAGAGAUAGGCCGUGGGACCGAACACGCCUUAGCUAACCCGUAUCUAUUGGCUGCGACUGGCAAACUAGUAAAAAAUACUAGCCUUUGCGUAAAAGCUAUCUUUCGGCCUGGAGGCAUACGACAAAAUAAAACAAAGGCGGCACCAACAGCAGUCGUAGGACAAGCAAACGCAACAAGCAAUUGUCGCCUAAUUCAAGUAUGUCCAUAUGACAGCUGAACAAAGCACAGCAGUAAUUAAUUACUGCCUAAGCCACGCUUGUGAACCGCGACGCGUAACGUCUUUGUGAAACAUACGAAAAGCGUUACUAAAAUGCAGACGAUACGUAUCCCUUGUGUUGACGAACUGCAGUGGAUGAAGUCUUAAUUACGACGCCUUAUAAUAACCGAAAAGAGGUAGACCAACGAUUUGAUGCAAGUAUGACGUGGCUUGAUGAAGUCAAUAAACCCAAAAAGCGAUGGACAAACUGAAAAAGAUGCUAAAUAGUCGGAUGACGCAAUACGCAUGAUCAUUGUCGCUAUACACUACAUUACUACUACUACUACUAUACACUAUAUAUGGUUGUCCAAACCGCGAACUAAUUGCCAUCUGACCACACAUAUAUAUAUAUAUAUAUGACAUUAAGUGGUCAACAUCGUAAAACAGCGGCCAAGUGACCGCUACUGCUAUCAUCUCAGCAGCAUGAACGCACCGUUGUUGCAAAUUACGACGCUCUAACGUUUAUCAAAUGAACAGUAACAAUACAAAAGAAAGAAUAUAUAUAUAUAUAUAUAUAUAUAUAUAUAAAGAGCAUGCGAAGUAAUGUGAAGCUGAGAAUGAAACAAUUUAGUAAAUACUGUUACUAUUAUUGCAUAUGAUACGAGAGAUAGAAAAGUUGUGUAACUUUUAUAUUCCCUUCUGAGAUGAUAGCGUUGUAUUAUUACUUGAAAGCCAGUUAUGAUCAUUCAAAAAAAUGAACCCAACUAUUGCAUUAAACCCAACAGUAGCCUGCGCCCACUCCCCUUCGAAAAUCUAACACCAACGGCAACAAUUGCACCAACAAAUCUAUAAUUAAACUCGUUUACUAUUCCUAUUGUAUUAGCGAUAAUGCGAGCAGAAUAGUCACUAUAUGGCCAGACAAAACAGAGGCAGUAGGUAAACCGAAGGCAAUUUUCAGGUUAACACAUUGAGGUUCACGACGUAAAAAUUGUUCGUAACAACAACAACAACAACACACACGACGCACCAUGAAUAGGACUAGUCAAUCAUUGUAUUAUAAGAUAACGUAUGAAAAAAGUAUAAUCAGACUGUAGCUAACGGCCCACACGAGCAAGAGCACGUCAUGCGAUAUAUCUAAUAACCCAUUAUGACAUGAACUACUUAAAUAUGGCGCUGGUCCACAACUCAAAGCAGAUCUGAGGAUAUCCUGUUUAGUGACAUACUGCUUCCAGUACAGCUGUGCUCUUAGUACAUAUUUUGAUAAAAUUAGUUCUAUGUAAACGGUUAUGUCAGCCGUGCGUCUUCUGUUCUAAAUUACUAGAGCAAUGAGAAGAUAAGUAAUUUUAACACCAAACUAGGUGUCAAAAUCGACGAUAAUAUUUCCCACUUUUUUGAGCCUUCUAGCAUUUAAUACUGUCCAGUUUGAGACGUUGCUGUGUGGCCAAUAAAUGGGUUUUUAAAGAAAACAUAAAGAGCUCUUAUAGAUAUUUGAUUAAAUGAAACUCACAGUAUAGAGCUCUUGUGGUGAAGCACAAUGAAAACUAUCGCUAUGUACAACCGGCAAUCGAGAUAUAACUGAGAAGUUUUCUGUCAGCAACAACUCACUAGCAGAUGUGGCAGUAGCCAGAAGUCAAAUCUUUAGGCAAAUACCUAUUCAUUGACUAAAGGAAAUUGGUUCUAGUUAUCAGAAAAAAAAUAACUGAAACUCAUAAAGAACAGAAAGACAAGAUAGGAAACUGCUCGUUUAUUAUUCUGAGCGUUCAUAAUUUUAGCAAGAAUACAGAAAGGGUCAGAGCCAGUAAUUGAAUUGGGUUUCAUUAGCACAAAACGUAUCGAUUACUAGCGCAGUCCUUAUAAUAAAAUUAAUGAUAUGUCUUUAAAAGGGUACACUACAUUUAAUUUUACUUGACUUAAAGGCUAAAUUUACCUUGCGGAAAUAAACUUGGAUAAAAAAAAAAAGGAACGCUGAUUUAAUGCUGUUAUCAUAGGACAAAAUCUAUUCAAUCAGCCUGUUAAAAACCUAUGUAAAAAAAAAAUGUAGAAACGUUUACACUUUUAUCUAACUCUGUAAAAGCUCUAUAAAUAACGUCGACAACGACAAGGGAGUUGAAGACUUAAUUAUUGAAUAGUCACUGGAAAAUCCUAAGUUGUGGCUCAUACGACGCGUCAAACGAAUCGAAAUCAAGCCUUUAUUAUUGUUGAAAGACAGGUGCUUUGUCUGUCACCUCAAAGCAAAGCUUUGGUCUAGGAGAUGAUUUCGAUGUACAGCAAAAUUUAUUAGGUGGUUCCAAUUUUAUACGAAACAGAGUAAUAUACAUGGAAGUAUUUAGCAAUAAAACGUCGGAUAACAAUGGUCUAUAAAUAGCUAAAGAAAAAAAAAAAAAAAAAAAGAUAAUUUUACGUUCAA